AUGCUGGGCACACACCAAGACUCAGACAUCCCCCCAAACUCAAAGGAGAGUAAGACCUUCGCACCUUUAGCAUCCUGGAGCAUCAUUUUACAACCGAUGUCACCCAGAGACACCAGGUGCACCUGGCACCUUGAGCAUCCUUCCCCAGCCACCCCUGCUGGUGCGACACCAUGGCUUGUGACACUGCCCGGUCCGUCGGUCCGUCGGAUGUUCGGUCCGUCUGAGGCCUGGGGGUUCGGACAAGUGGGCCUGGCGUCUUCGCCUUUGAUGGAUAGUAUCCAGGUGGAAGUGCGGUCCAGGAUGCCCGAGCUUCAGCUUCAGGAACUGGCCAACAGCGCCUGGACCUUUACCUCGUUGACUCUCCUGGCAGUGCCGCUGGCCCAGGAGCUCGCGGCCGCCUCGCUGGACCGCCUCGCGGCCGCUUCCACGCACGGACCGCGCGCGGACCGCACCGCGGCGGCCGCUUCGGUGCUGGAAGCGCUGUCGCAGCUGGAGGAUUGGAGGUUGGGCCUCGAGUAUGCUGACCAGCUGAAGGACUUCGGCCUCCUCAGCGCCAAGGGCCUGGGCUUCCUGCUGGCGCGUGCGGAGGGCUCCGAAGAAGAUCUUGCACUGGAUUUGCUUUGGCGCUUGGCUCGGCCACUGGGCCCUGCGGCCGUCAGCGCAUGUGCGCAGCACGCGGCGGUGCAGGGUGAGGCCGCCAAAGCCGCAGACCUGGUGGCACCCUUGGCUUCAAGGCAGCCACGAGGCCUGGCGCGAAGGAUUUGGGUCGCCUGCGGCGGCACGGUGUUUCACCCCAACCCAGCUUUGGGAGAGAAAGGCGUGCAAGUGGCGUUGAUGGAAGACCGCUAUGGUGCUGUGAGUAGCCCUGUGAUGGCCGGCUGUGUCUACCUGGUGGGGGCUGGUCCCGGUUCGGUGGACUUGCUCACUCUGCGGGCCUUGGAGGUCUUGCGUUCCUGCGACGUGGUCCUCCAUGACCGGCUGGUGCCUCCGGAGGCGAAGUACCGAAGUCGCGAAGUACCGACGUCGCGGGACCCGGGCCGCGAGACACGCCCGGAGCGCGAUGAACAUGGACCUUUUGGAAAGACAGAAUAAGACGAAAGCAGAUGAAAGAGGACGAACAUCUACGAAUCUUUAGACCGGAUGAAACUGAGCCUCACUGAGCCUCUUUUUGGAGGACCGUGGUGCAGCCGUCUGAAGACUUGAGCACGCCUGUGGUAGGUCACAAGACUGUGUCAAGAAGGGUGCAGACAGGGUGACCUGAUUCAACCCGAAGUUUCACAUUGUGAUCCUUCUCAUCCAAGAAACGGAUGGGCACUCACAGAGCAGGGUGUAGAAG